CGCGUGUGAGUGUGUGUGUGUGAUAGCCCCAGGUCCUGUUCCAGUAGCGAUUACACACAGAGAGACAGUGACAGAGACGAACUGCGACUAACAACUAGCGAAGCAUUGAGAGCUUCUGACAGGAUGUAAGAUUUCGAGAAUUUUCUGUGGUCUCGGCUGGCUCAGCUUCAGCGAGGGAGAAUGGAGAAUGGAGAUCAGAAUCGAGUGACGCUGGAUUAGGACCCAGGCUGUCCCGGCGACUGCUUUGCUGAAUAAUUGAUCCUUGGGCCUGUGACUGGUUAAGAAUGAGGAAGGCAUUGCUGAUGGUUUGGAUCGGCCUUUUGGUGCGAGUGUCACAUUGUGCUCAGGGUCAUUAUGCCCGUAAACUUCUAAAUGACCUGAUGGAGAACUACUCCAACGCUCUGAGACCCGUAGAGGACACAGACAAAGCCCUCAAUGUCUCCCUGCAGAUCACCCUGUCACAGAUCAAAGAUAUGGAUGAGAAGAACCAGGUGCUAACUACAUACCUGUGGAUCAGGCAGGUCUGGCACGAUGCCUAUCUGAAGUGGGACAAGGAGGAAUAUGAUGACCUAGAAAUGAUCAACAUCCCUAGUGACCUGGUUUGGAAGCCAGACAUAGUCCUCUAUAACAAAGCAGACGAGGAGUCGUCGGGCCCGUCCAACACUAAUGUGAAGCUGCGUUACAACGGAGAGAUCAUCUGGGACUCUCCGGCCAUCACAAAGAGCACUUGUGUGGUGGAUGUCUCCUACUUCCCCUUUGACUGGCAGCAAUGCAAUCUCACAUUUGGCUCCUGGACCUACAAUGGAAACCAGGUGGACAUCAGUUUGGGCAUGGACAGCGGUGACCUGUCUGACUUUGUAGAGAACGUGGAGUGGGAGUGUCACGGCAUGCCAGCGGUUAGAAACGUCAUGAUGUAUGGCUGCUGCUCUGACCCUUACACUGAAAUUACCUACACCCUGCUCCUGAAGAGGCGCUCCUCCUUCUACAUCUUCAACCUGCUCCUGCCCUGCUUCCUCAUCUCAUUCCUGGCCCCACUGGGCUUCUACCUUCCAGCCGACUCGGGGGAGAAAGUUUCCCUGGGGGUGACAGUAUUGCUGGCGCUCACUGUGUUCCAGUUGUUGGUGGCUGAGAGCAUGCCUCCUGCAGAGAGCAUGCCCUACAUAGGGAAGUACUACAUUGCCACCAUGACUAUGAUCACAGCCUCAACUUCUCUCACUAUCUUCAUCAUGAACAUUCAUUUCUGCGGUGCUGAGGCCAAACCAGUCCCUUACUGGGCUAAGGUGCUCAUCAUUGACUACAUGUCAAAAAUCUUCUUUGUCUAUGAAGUUGGGGAAAACUGCACUACGCCAGAGAGCCAGAGGACCCCACUGUAUCCAGAAGAACCCAUGGGUGAUAAGAGCUGCUACCAUGAUGACCGCUUCCAUGAUGGCUUCUACUAUGCUGACAGUGAUCCAUACACGCACAGCAAUGGUCAUGGCGUGCAUCAUCACAAUAGCCAUCACAAAAGACAGGCAAAAGGCAGCACCAAAGGCAGGCAUCACCAUUACAAAAACCAUAGUAACCAAGCUUCCAGGCUGGAGAGGGGUGAGGUGAAGCAUGAGCCCACUCAGCGCUACCAUCACAUCAGGAGGGAUGAACUGGACUACCAGGCCCCUCGGCAUCCACCACACCUCCAACACCUGAAUGGGGGCCUUAAGGACCAGAUCCUCUAUUCCUCAGAGAAGACUCGAAUCCCUGCCUGCCCCUGCUGCUGCCCCUGCAUCCAACAUAAACAGGUGGUGAAGAACAUCGAGUACAUCGCCAACUGUUUCCGUGAGCAGAGAGCUACGUGUAUCAAGGUAGCAGAGUGGAAAAAGGUUGCCAAGGUGAUGGAUCGGUUUUUCAUGUGGAUCUUUUUCGUCAUGGUCUUCCUCAUGAGCAUUCUCAUCAUUGCCAAGGCAUCCUGACAGCUUCUUCAACUUUUUAUCAACACUAACCCUUGUUAUGCCUCAUUUCUACCUUAAUGCAACAUCAGAUGAAGACUUAUUUUGUCUGAAAGAAAGUCAGUAUUGU